GCCCCAAAAGGCAACUUAUGCAAAAAAAAAAAAACAACAAAACUUGACGAAAGAGAGAACGUGGCACCUGAAUUCACCACUCUUUACAAUCUUUAACCUCUGCAAACCAGUAAUAUCCUGUCCUAAAAAAAAAAUAAAAAGUUCAGAAUCUUGAAAACAACCUUCCACCCCCCAAAACAAAAGCAAUACACAAACCUCCUUCACCUCUACAGGCAAACAUAAAAUGAAGAUAAAAUCAGUAAAACUAAACCUGAUUUUUUUUUUUUUUAAAAAAAAGCUGCAGCUCUUUAUUCAUAGGACAGGGUUUUGACUAAUCAGAGACGCUCGCCGCUUGUACGUUUCCUACACGAUUGGCUAAAAGUGUAAGAAUUACCCCCCCCAAAACCACUUUUCUCCUCCUCCUUCCCCCUCUCCUCCCCCCUUAUCGUGAACAUGUUUUUAAAGCAGGCCUCGAGGGGAAGGGUAGGGGGAACUCGGAGCCUUCCUCAGUGCCAGGAUGAGGACGGCCUGGCCAGAAAUGGACCUCAGCCAGCUGUCGCCUGUGACUAUGGUCACUUUGAACUACGACGACUACUUCUACGAGGACAACUGCCAGUACAAGCAUCUGCAGCACAUGACUACUUUCCUCCCCAUCCUGUACACCAUCGUGUUCCUGGUGGGCAUCGUCGGCAACUCCAUCCUGAUAGCGGCCUUGGUCUUCAAGCGCCGGGUCCAGAGGCUGAUCGACAUCUUCAUCAUCAACCUCGCCGCCUCUGACUUCAUCUUCCUCAUCACGCUGCCCUUCUGGGUGGACAAGGAGGUGUCGGACGGGAGCUGGAGGGUAGGAUCCUUCCUUUGUAAAGCCAGUUCUUUUAUCAUCUCCGUCAACAUGUACUGCAGCAUCCUCCUCCUCACUUGCAUGAGUGCGGACCGCUACCUUGCCAUCAUGUACCCCGCUGUCGCCAGAAGGAUCAGGACUAGAUCCUAUUCCACCGGCCUCUGCAUCUGCGUCUGGUUGUUAUCCUGCUGCCUGGGGAUCCCGACCCUGCUGUCCCGGGAACUGAAGGAGCGCUACGGCAAGACGUACUGCGCAGACAAAGCCGUGACAGAAUCCAAACAGAUUGUGUCGCUGAUGAUGUUGAUCCUGGCUUUCUUCUUCCCGCUGCUGAGCAUCCUGACCUUUUACUGCUCCAUCACCAGGAGGCUCUGCAUGCAUUACCAGAGGUCCGGGAAACACGACAAGAAACUGAGAAAAUCCAUCAAGAUCGUCUUCAUCGUAGUGGCUGCUUUUGUCAUCUCCUGGGUGCCCUUCAACCUCUUCAAGCUCAUGGCCAUCCUGUUGGGACUGCGGAAGCUGCCCGACUGUUUUCCUGACGUGGUGGCCGAGGUGGGCAUGCAGGUGAGCAGCCCCUUUGCCUUCGCCAACAGCUGUGCCAACCCUUUCAUCUACUACUGCUUUGACAACUACAUCCGCAGGGCCAUGCUCAGGUGCCUGUGCCCGUGGGUGAAAGUCAGCAGCAGUGGCAGCGUCUCUGACACGUUGGACACCCGCCUGAGCCACUCCUUAUCCAAUUUCAUCGCGGGGGAGUACGCUGCUAGGAAGAGGAAGCGCUCGGUGUCCCUCUGACUGGGAGCCAGGACCACAGAGGAAGGGACCUCUCUCUCCAGAGACGGCAGGAAGAGACUAAAGCAAGGAAAGGGGAAAAAAGGAAACGAGCAACAGAGGCAGAGCUGCAGCUGUAGUGCAGCCUGCACGUCAGGCUGGAGGCGCAGCACUUCCCUUUAAAGACAGGUAAAUGGAAUAGGAAACCUUAACCACUGGUUCACGGUGAGUGCUGUAUCCCUGCGCCGUGCAAGCCUGAAAACGCUGCCCUGAGAGAGAUCCACGGAGCCUUCCCAACACAUGCAAGGGGGAGGCCGAUCAGUCGGAGCCACCCCGAGGCAGGCUUUGAACUGAAAUGAGGGUUUUUGUUCUGCUCGGAGCAAGAAAAACACAAGGAUUGCUUCUCUUUGGUUCCUAGCCUACACACGAAAGCAUCGCAACGUCCUGGAAACAACCUGAUCGAUGCUACUUUUCUGGAGGUUUUCUGGGUUUAGAAAUGCAAUGUUUUACUGAAUUGCUGUUACCUGCUGUCAUAACUUCAGCCUUGUGUGUUUUCCUUAAAAGUGUCAGCUUCUUGAUUAUGGGAUUAAAUCUCAGUUUUAAUCACAGUAAUUAAGAUAAGUUUCUAGCCCCUAUGAUUUCAGAAAAAAAAAAAAAAAAAGGUUGAAGGCAGAGAAACCAGAAGACAAGCCAAUGAGACUCCGCAUUUAACAUUUUUUCUUAAAAACAAACAAGUAAAAAAAAAAACACAAUAACAACCCAACCACAAAGACCAAAAAAAAAAACCCAAAACAAAACAACACCUUCACAGCUUUUAAGAUGUUUUUUGGGGAUCUGACACAAUUUCUGAUUGCUUGGGUUGCUGUAUAACAGUAGGACGCUGUGCACCAUUCGAAGUCCUGGUUUGCUGAGUUUAGCUGGGACCAGUUUAUGUCAAGAUACAAGCAAAGUCAAAUGCAAAUGUGCCUCAAAAGCAAAAUUAUCCAGUUUCACAAACGUUUGAGUGAAACAGAGAAUGCUGAGGAACCUUGGGUGCAGGAAUGCUCACAGAAAAGGAAUUCAAAAGCCUCACUCUGUUAGUUCAUUGAUACGAGUUAAAUUCUGUACAUAAAUAGUAACAAUAAUAAUAAAAGCUCUAUGAAGCUGUUCCAUUCCUACUUAGCGGUCUCUGGGAAAUGCAGAUGUCUUGCAUUUUAUAUAUUGCGGAGGAGAUACCACUUGCCCAACUGCUGUCAAGUCUGACAGCAAAUGGGAUGGGGAAAUAGAGAAGCUCCUCGUUGUUAACAGCUGUAACACCUCGUAGAAGAACAAGCUGAACAAAUACGGAGUGAAGCAGCUCAUCAGAAAUCUGGUAAUGGACUUCUCUUUCUAAAUGCCAGUGACAGAAACCUUUUCUUAAAACAAAGGGUACAAUGUUUUAAAGUGCACAGCUAAAAUAUGAAUUGGACUUCCAACAGCACUGAUACCUUGGCUGUGUUGCGAUGUCUCAUGUUCUGUCGUCUCCCCUGUAAAAUGUUUAGCUUAACAUGCUGCUGCUUGUCAUAAAUCCAAUAAAUCAAUACCUUAAAGCA